AUGGCAGCGCAAGACCCGUUUUACCUCGUCCGGGACGAAAUACAGGAUUCGGUGUCCAAGGUGCAGGAUGACUAUAGCAAGUGGGAGCGGCUAGGGGCGAGCAGCCAGGAGAGAGAGACGCUCUCCAAGACAAUACUAGCCGACACAGAGACACUCGAAUGGGAGCUAGAGGAGUUGGACAGAGCAAUCGGCGUGGCAGAGAGGGACCCAUCGCGGUUCAACAUAGAGCAGGGCGAGGUGGAGAGCCGACGCAACUGGACAGGCAGCACGCGGGAUCAGAUCUCCAUGAUUCGAUCUGCCAUCCAGGCAGCGGCAUCGGAGCGGGCGGCAAUGCAGAAGGAGGCGGAGAGGAGGGAGCUGCUGAGAGUGCAGGCAGGCGCUGCUGCCAAGGCUGCUGCUAAGAGCAGCGCUGGCGGGGAGAACGAGAGCUUUGCUGCCUCGGAGGAUGACAGACAAGCACUGAUCAUGAGGGAGCAGGACGACCAGCUAGACGCCAUGAGUCAGAGCCUGGCGCGGAUAGGAGGCAUGGGCAUUGCCAUUCACGAGGAACUGGGCUCCCAGGAGUCACUAAUAGGAGAGUUGGACGAUGGCAUGGAGAGGACUGGGGGGCGGCUAGGUCUCGUUCAGAAAAAGAUGACAGUGGUUCUGAAGAAGGCUGGGCUGAAGGGGCAGUUGUGCAUCCUCCUCGCUCUCGUUAUCGCCUUCCUCGUCCUCCUCAUCCUCAUCUUCUACGAUUGA